CCUUGAUGUGUUGUGUCAUGUAAUGUGUUCUGUGCUGUGCUGAAUUUGGUGUGCCAUUGGCGUUUGGCGAAGUCUUCGCUAAUAUAAAAAUUCUUGUAGAUAAAUUAUACUAAUUAGUUCAUUACUUUUAACUUGAAGCGAUGAUGCUUUCUAGGAUUUCAUUUCUAUCAGGGCAAGCCCCAAGGACCCUUGCCACAUCUUGCAUCAGAGCAACCAGCACAUCUUCUGCAAAUUCACAAGUAUCACAAACAACUGAAAAUCCAGGAAGUAGUUUGAGGCCUGUGAGGCAGGAACCUGGCAAGGUUCGUAUGGGUUUCAUUCCAGAAGAAUGGUUCCAAUUCUUCUACAAAAAGACAGGUGUAACUGGACCCUACACAUUUGCUUUUACACUUUCCACAUAUCUUGUCAGCAAGGAAAUAUAUGUUUUGGAACAUGAAUACUAUACUGGUCUUUCUCUCAUGAUUAUGUGGAUUUAUGGAAUUAAGAAAUUUGGACCAAAAGUGGCUGCAGCUCUGGACAAGGAAGUUGAUGCAUACGAAGCUUCCUGGAACGAAGGACGAAAAGAGCAAACGAAUACCCUCGGCGAGCAAAUUUCCAACGAGGAGAAGGCCCAAUGGAGCAUGGAGGGCCAGACCAUGCUGGUGCAAGCCAAGCGCGAGAACGUGGCAUUGCAGCUGGAGGCCAACUAUCGCGAACGCCUCAUCACCGCGUACGGGGAAGUGAAGAAGCGCCUCGACUAUCAGGUGGAGAAGCAGAACAUCGAACGCAGAAUCGCCCAGAAGAACCUCGUGGACUGGGUCGUGUCCAGGGUCAGAUCGUCUAUCACCCCCGAUCAGGAGAAACAGAACAUCAACAAGUGCAUCUCCGAUUUGGCUCUAUUGGCCAAAGCCUAGUUUAGGGAACGUGUACAGUCUGUAAGUUAUAUAGCUCAGUGUUGAAGCCUCCUGGUUAAUUUCGAUGUCCGUAUGCCAGCUCAUAAGUAAGAGUAUAAUAUUCUGUUAUCAGUGGCUAUGAAAUAAAAUUUACAAGUAUCAUUUA